CCCCCGAGGCUCCAAAGGAAAGGAUCUCUCUCUCUCUCUCUCUCCAUCGCUGGCCAGGCAAACAGUCAGGGAGGAAGCCAGGUCACUCACUAACUUAUCCAAACAGUCAGGGAUCCAGGUGGUUUAGGAGCUUAGCGAACCAGUGAGGGAUUCAGCCAGGUAACUCAGCCAACCUGUUCAUCCCCUUCCAGCUUCAUUCAUUCUUCCAGCUUCAUUUUUCUCUCUCCGGGCUUGCUUUUCUCCUCCGCCCUCCGCGAUGUCCGUGGCCCUGGAGACGGCCGGCUUCUUCUUGGCGACGGUGGGCUGGGGGAUGCUGGGGGUGACCCUCUUCAACAGCUACUGGAGGGUCUCCAGCGUCUCCGGGAACGUCAUCACCACCUCCACCCUCUUCGAGAACCUCUGGCAGAGCUGCGCCACCGACUCCACCGGGGUCUACAACUGCUGGGAGUUCCAGUCCCUCCUGGAGCUGCCUGCUUAUCUGCAAGCUUCGCGGGCCCUUAUGAUCACGGCAUUGGUGUUUGGUGUCUUAGGGAUCCUGUGUGGCAUGCUGGGUCUGCAAUGCACCAAAGUGGCAGAAGACAGUCCCAACUUGAAGGCUAAGAUGGCCGUGGUUGCCGGAUGCAUGUUCCUCCUGGCUGGUCUCUGUGGCAUGGUGACAAUCUCCUGGUACGCCUUCAAUAUUACCCGUGACUUCUUUAACCCGCUCUUUGCUGGCACAAAGUAUGAAAUUGGGCCUGCUCUCUAUCUGGGCUGGAGUGCAUCACUGCUGGUGAUCAUUGGCGGAGGAUGUCUGUUCACUUCAUGUCGGAAACAGUUAGCACCGGAACCGAGUCUGGCAAGACAUUAGAAAUAUUUGCAAAGAAGAUGAAGACCUUAUAAAACUGCAAAUCCCAGGAUCCCAUAGCAUUGAGCCAUGUUUUUGUGUCUUGACAGUUUUCCGUAUCCAUCAUACAAGGCCACCAAGAGUCCAAUGUCAGUCCCUGCAGCUUCGGUUCCUCGUCCCCGCGUCGAAUCCACCACCAGCAGCACUGGGAAGUAUGGCAGGAACGCUUACGUCUGAGCCUGCGUUGGAAAUAGGGGGCCAUGACCCCCUGAAAAAACAUUUUUCGGAUGUUUCUCAGGCAGCCUGGAACCUGAACGGGUCUUCUGUCGGAACAGAGACAGAAAAGGACAAAGGAAACCUCAGUCCCACCUCAGGCCCAGGUCUUGUGUUGAUGCUAGGAAUUGGACAGAGGCUCCAAAUUUCUGUUUUUGAGUCUGAGCCUAGCAAAUCAUGCCUUGUCUAAGGUUAUUUAUUGCAAGGGAGAGCUGUGUUGUGUUGUGUAUCACAAUUUUGUCCACUUUCCCUUCUGCUUGGAUGGAAUUGUCUUUGGGGUUUUUCAAUUGCCCUGUGAUCAGAUAUAGUUGAUACUGGAAAGCUACGGGGACUCGGUUGAAUCACACCUUCCUCCUGGAGAACCUCUUUCUUCACUUGCUGGUGGCGCUUGUCCCUUCCAUAGAUCAAAUGAAGAGACUUUUUAAAAUGGACUGAUCUUUUUUUUAAAAAAAAAUUUGCGACUUUCUGUAUUCCAGAGUUGUGAACUAGCGUUAAUCUAAGUGGUGGGGGCACCUCAGCACAAAUUUGCUUAAAUAUAUUUAAAUGGCUAUUUUCCUAAUAA